UUCCGAAACAGACUUUAGGAUUACCUAAUAAUAAUGUCUUUUUUUCACGUCAUAAAAUGUUAGCUGUUUGAAUCAAAUAGGAGUCCUAUUUCAAGAACUUUGGAAUUGUGUGUUCCAUUUUUCGAGGACCGGGAAAUCCUGAGUGUUAUUCACCCGCUGCACGUUACGAUAUCGACUGAAAUUAUCAAGCAGGAAAUCUUAUUGAGGUGGUUACACAAAUGAACAGGAAUUACACGAAUGAACAGGAAUUCUUAUUUUUACAGAUUUAUCACAUCAGAAAUGGUUUCAAAAGUCAGAAGGUAUAUCGUGAUAAUUUUUGGAUUGGGAAGUAUAUUGACUUUCCAAAUUUUCUUUCAAUUCCAAUGCAUGAAAUCACCAGACUAUCGCUGGUCUGAAAUCUGCAACACGCCAGACUCAGAGAAAGUGGAUAUUUCAUCAAUACAAAUAAACGUGUCAAACAUCCCUCGACAGAUAUUUGAUGUAGCAAUGUAUCUCAAAAGCGCGAGGAUACACGCACGGGGAUCUAAAACACAAAGGGCAUUAAAAUAUGCAAGUGAACACAUGGACGCAAUACUGAAAGGAUUUGGAACCUCCUUUGAAGACGUCACAAAACGGAAAGUAUAUGAACCCAGUAGUAUGUGUCCCGAGUAUCACGAUGAUAAAAUUAAUCGUUACAGAAUCAGAGAAUGUUCCCAUGCCAAGCCUCUAGAAGAGAUAGUCACAAUUAUUCGUCUUGACCAUGGCUCAUCUACAGACAAAGUGUUAUUAAAGAUACGUACGAUAGAAACAUCCCAAUGAUAGUUGGUGACUACGAUGGGAAUGUUAAGGAAAAGAGUAAUGUACGUGUAAAGCACAUGGCAUCUACGACAACAGAAGGGGAUGCAUUGAAUACAUUAAUGGAAGAAGUGAAAACCGAAUAUACAUUGGUUUUAAGAAAUGUGACGGAAUUGGAUUCAAAUGCACAAAUCGAACGACUUGUGCGUGAGAUUGAGAGUCUAAAUGUUAACGCAGUAGGCGGGGCUAUCAGAAACUCUGAUAAUAUUUGGAGGUUAGGUUGUCAUCAGAGAGUGUUCCGGAACUACACAUUGGUAUACGAGGAAGGAUAUGAUGAGUCAAUGCACGACUGUGUGUUUUGUGAUCACGUGGACGGACCAUUUCUGAUAAAAACCAAAAUAUUAAAAACAAUCAAAUUUGAUAGUAUUUUGACACCAAUGGGAUUGUACGAGGACUUCUUCAUGAGACUUAAUACGGAAGUUGCUAUCUGUCCUGACGCCUUGUUUGAUAUGGAUUUUCCACGCCGUAGUGAGCUGACAAAAGACUGGGAGAAGUUUGGACGAAAACGGAAUCUUUACAAGUUAAAGUUUUCUUUUGGACUAACAAUACAUUUUGGAUGCAAUUACGCGUAUCCAUGCGAAAGAAUAAAAGGAUUUAUUAGAUCACCGUGCUGUAUUCAGGAAUUGGCAGAUUUAAUUUAUGGUUUCAUGGACAUGUGUGAAAAGGUGAAAGGAUCGUGUCAGUUGAAUUGUGGAACUGUCCUUGGAACAGUGAAAAUGUAUAAUGCGAUUCCAUGGGAAGAAGACGCAGAUCUCAACUUUAGGUGUCAUGACUUCACAAAAUUGAAAAAUGCCUCAUCAAAACUGAGUUCCAGUGGCAUACGGGUCGGAGUGGAACAUUUAAGUAAUUGUACUCCAACUGCUAUUCCGGCACAAUUAGGUGCAAGGUCCAAACACUGGCAUGCGGAUAUCUGGUCACGUUAUACGAUGGAAUCCUACGAAGUAAGAUCUAAACAUCGAAAUUUUACCAGAAUUCCAUUUAAUGGACGUUUAGUACACGGAAUGAGAAACCCAGUGUUAUUUACACGUAUUUCGUAUUCAGAUAUCUUCAUGCAUCAACAGCAUUUCAGAGAAGUUGGAUUUGGGAGGGUUAAACAAUUUUCAAAGUGUCCGAAAGUAAACGGUCAUGACUGCAUAGACAAUUACUAUGAAGAUGGAAAUAUUCAGUUCCGUGACCCGGUGGCAUAAUUUGUUUAAGCUGCGAAAUCGAUCAUGGUAGUUCAAUUGAGAAAAGAGCAAAUCACAAAAUAGAAUUAUUAUUUAACUGUAUUUGAUAUCAAAGAAUUCAUAUUUUACAGAUACGCCAUUGAUUUUUAGUUUAGAUUUAGAUUAGAUUUAGAUUAGGGGACAUAGUUUAGAGCAAAUAUAACAUAUUUCUCUUUUGUCAUUUUGAUUUUUAUUUCUACUUAAUGGAUCUUUUUCUAAGAAAUUAAGUAAUCAAUGAAGCUAACUAACUUACAAACUAAUCAGGUAUAAGUGUUAUCGCCCCUCAAAAUUAAAGUACACAACAUCCACCCUCAACUUAGCUACAAAGUAAAAUAACAUUACAAUUGUAUAAAAUCAUUCGGGGGUGGCUUGUUUGAAAGAAACAACUAUGAAGAAUGAAUGUUAGCUUAUUAAAUUAUUGUAUGGGAAACCAUCUUCACUACAUUGUGAAUAAAAUACGGAUAACUGCAAUUAAGUAACUUAAGGUCGUACGAUCUAACUGUGUUAACAUCAUUCAGGAAAAGAACGUCAGGUGGAAUAAAUGGAAAAAUAAAUAAAUAUAAAAAUAAACCCACCUUAAUCUUAUUUAUUUUUUUCAAUUUCACAUUGUUCUUGCUGUUAUUCUUGUUAGGUGUGGAGAGAUAUUAAUUUUACGUCCGCUACGCGAUAAAAAAAUCAUCGAUUUUUACAUUUGAAUCCCAUAUUGUGUAGAGACGGUCGCCAUCUUGGAAGGUCAUCUGAACCUUAUUUAGAUUUCAUUAAACGUUACCUUACUAUUCGGCAAAACCGAUAUGAACAGAGUGAAGGAAGACGCUCUGUGUUAUGACAUUAUUUAAAGCUUCUUGACUUGAUUUUUUUGUAUUCCGGUGCAGAACGUUUUCGUUAUCUAUUUUACAACAUGAAGGUCAUAUCAACAGAUCAACUUGGUGAUAUAUGCCUCUAGUUCACAAAGAGUGACUUGAUGAUAAGAGCUCAGGCAAUGGUGGUGAUUUACUGAGACUUGUCGCUAAAAUAGAUAUCAGCCUUCAAUAGAUAAUGAUAUAGAUGAAUGUGUGUUACACCCAGAGAAACGUACGACCGGCUGGAAAAUGACUGAGGUUAAUUCUAUUUCAUGAAAUUUUCUACCAGAUAAACAUUAACAUAAUCAUUAAUUAUUUACAUGUAUAAGGUUUAAGAAAAAAAUAAAGAAAAAAAAUAUUAUUUCCAUAGAUGUGUAUUUAGAGUGAAUGAAACGUAGAUAAAUACCUGCUGAGCUUCCUUAUAAAAUAGUUAAAGGAGAAAAACAGUAUGAUUUAUAUAGUCAUUCUGAUAUUUGACUUUCUGUAGGUGGAAAAUAACAAUAAACACGAUUUGCAGUUUACUUUAAAUUCCCAAAAAAAUAAAAUAAAUUAAAACAAAAUGAAAUAAAAUAAAAUAAAUAAAUAAAUAAAAAGUAGUUCAAGUGUGUUGAAGUGUCCAAGUUCAUCAUUAACCUAAUGUUUGCUUAAUCUAGAAGGGUGUUGUCGGGGCAGGAUUCACUACAGUCCACUAUCGAAUCGCAACGAUCUUCCAGUGACUGAUCAAAGUUAAUGUAUAUUUUGAGACCCUGGGAAUUGGAGACGUUUUAGUCUAUGACCAUCCUUCCCCUUGAAGGGACACGCCUUCUUAAGUCAAUUAGAUAUUGGGGUUGGGUUGGAUGAAUCCUAGAUAUCUAAAAGCAUCCCGUUUGUUUUACUUGCUAUGGUUUUCCUAUUCGAUACCUAGGUAUAUUGUGUCAAUGUUUAUAUUAUCUAAGAUAAAAUAAACCAUAUGGUAUUUCAAUGUGUUAUGCUGUUCACAUAAAAACUUAUUUACACCAGAAAAAUACAUCUAUGAUAUAGAUAUUCCAAAAAAUUGACGGUUGUUUAUCAUGUUUAUCUUACUCGAAUUAGAGGAAUAUGUUAAUAACAUUGCUUUUUUACCUACAAAUGUAAGUUUGUCUAGUUGAAAUUCUCCCAACGUAGCAAAUUAAUUCUGUGAACCGAAUCAUUACGCGACAAAAUAUAGUUCGUGAUGAAGGAAAGUUUAUUAUUAUUUUAGGUGCACUACUAAUAUCAUUUGUACCAUAUUUGGAAUUGAUAUAAUUUUUGCAAAAUAAAAUUUUGGUUUG